GCGUGCUUUUGUGUGAGAGAGAGAGAUAAGGGGAGAAAAUCUCCUCUACCGCGAAAAUGACGAGCGAGAAUGGAGAUGAAGAGAUCGGAGGUGUCGCUGGAAAAAGGAAAAGACGCGGAAGAGAUGAAGAAGAAGACGGCGAUGAAGAAGAAGAAGAGGGUGAAGAGGAAGGAGGAGGAGGAGACGGGAAGCUUCCACUGAAGCUGGGGAUGCUCUUUUACCCGAUGACGCCGCCUGCGUUUGUUGUAUCUGAUGCUCUAGAGCCAGAUUUUCCAAUAAUUUAUGUGAACAGGAUCUUCGAGGUCUUUACAGGUUACCGAGCUGACGAAGUUCUUGGCCGAAACUGUCGAUUCUUACAGUACAGAGACCCUCGUGCUCAGAGGCGUCACCCAUUGGUGGAUCCUGUGGUUGUAUCUGAGAUUAGAACAUGUCUUGAAAAAGGUGUUAAAUUCCAAGGCGAGCUUCUCAAUUUCAGGAAGGAUGGCACUCCACUGGUGAACCGGCUACAGCUUGCCCCAAUACAUGAUGAUGAUGGAACCGUUACCCACAUUAUCGGUAUACAAGUGUUCUCUGAAGCAACUAUAGAUGUCAACCGUGUGUCGUAUCCUGUCUUCAAAGAGACCUGCAACCAACAAUUCGAUCAGACAUCCCGAUCCCUUUCUCCAGGUGGACUCUUGACUUUCAGACAGCAGCAAGAUGUCUGUGGGAUAUUACAGCUUUCCGACGAAGUCUUGGCACAUAACAUCUUAUCACGCUUGACUCCAAGGGACGUUGCUUCCAUCGGAUCUGCUUGCAGGAGGAUUCGCCAAUUGACGAAAAACGAGAGCGUGAGGAAGAUAGUGUGUCAAAACGCCUGGGGAAAGGAGAUCACCAGAACCCUUGAGAUUAUGACAAAGAAGCUUGGCUGGGGCCGCCUAGCAAGGGAACUCACCACACUUGAAGCCGUUUGUUGGAGGAAAUUCACCGUCAGAGGAUCAGUAGAACCUUCACGUUGCAACUUCAGUGCAUGUGCUGUGGGGAACCGGCUAGUGUUGUUUGGUGGGGAAGGAGUAGAUAUGCAGCCAAUGGACGACACCUUUGUUCUAAAUCUGGAUUCUGAGUAUCCCGAGUGGCAACGGGUCAGGGUGAAAUCAUCGCCACCGGGACGUUGGGGUCACACUCUCUCAUGCCUCAACGAGUCAUGGCUGGUAGUCUUUGGAGGAAUUGGAAGACAGGGAUUGCUUAAUGAUGUGUUUGUGCUCGAUCUAGAUGCAAAGCAGCCGACAUGGAAGGAAGUUUCCGGUGGUACUCCUCCUCUCCCGAGAUCUUGGCACAGCUCUUGCACGAUCGAAGGUUCUAAACUGGUUGUGUCAGGCGGAUGCACAGAUGCCGGGGUGCUUCUGAGCGACACAUUUUUGUUGGAUCUGACAACGGAUAAGCCAGCGUGGAGAGAGAUCCCGACAUCAUGGGCUCCCCCAUCGAGACUUGGACAUUCUCUCUCAGUCUUUGGCCGCACCAAAAUCCUCAUGUUUGGUGGGCUUGCAAAGAGCGGGCAUCUGAAGCUACGGUCGGGUGAGACAUACACUAUAGACUUAGAAGACGAAUACCCGAGAUGGAGACAACUCGAGUUUAGCCCGUUUGCCGAUAUUGGCAGCCAAAGAAUGGUGGUUCCGCCUCCAAGACUCGACCAUGUAGCCGUAAGCAUGCCUUGUGGGAGGGUAAUCAUAUUCGGAGGGUCUAUUUCCGGGCUUCACUCUCCAUCGCAGCUUUUCCUUUUAGACCCUUUGGAAGAGAAACCGUCAUGGAGGAUACUCAAUGUACCGGGCCAACCGCCGAAGUUUGCGUGGGGACAUAGCACGUGUGUAGUUGGAGGGACAAGAGUACUGGUCCUGGGUGGUCACACUGGUGAGGAGUGGAUCCUCAACGAGUUACAUGAACUGUGUUUGGCAAGUCGACAAGACUCGGAUCUGUAAGAGACUGGCUUCUAUAAGCUUGGUAAUGUUACGGUAUUGUGUGUGUUUUUUUGUUACUGGUUCAUUCAGUAUCUAUGAAAUAAUAAUAUAAAAAAAAAACACACAAACA